ACGGCAUAAGAAUUUUCAUGAUCACUUGCUCACGCUACUCAACGUUUUUGUGGUCUUAGUUCUAUUCUGUCCUUUGAAUCUUUUCCGUUGAAGCUAAGAAGCAAUUUGCAGAGGCGACCUACAGUGAGUUUUGAAAGAGAGAAUACUUGUAGUGUUUCUUUCGGAAUAUGACGCAUGUUGAUGGAGCUGAUCCUGUCUCCAUUCUUAUUCAUGAAAAGCUUGUUGGCUUAACUCCAAAUGCUCCAGAAUAUUGUAUAUUCAGAGUGCAUACCCUGUUACGCAGGGUAAAUGAGAAGGCAUACGACCCUCAGUUACUUGCCAUCGGUCCUUACCACCGCGACAAGGAUGGCUUAAAGCUUAUGGAAGAUCACAAAUUGCACUAUUUACAACUACUUCUUCGAAGGAGAGGCGAAACAAGUGUGGAAACAUACAUUAAUGCCAUGAGAAAAUUGGAAAGUAGAACUCGUAGAUGCUAUGCAGAACCCAUUAGCCUAUCCACCAAUGAGUUCGUAGAAAUGAUGCUUCUUGAUGGAUGUUUCAUCAUUGAGCUGUUUCGCAAGUUUGUAAUGUGGGAUCUAAUAGAUCAACGUGACCCAAUCUUUCAAUUCAGUUGGAUGUUAUAUAGUUUAAAGCGUGAUCUACUAUUAUUCGAAAACCAAAUUCCAUUCUUUGUUCUCACUAAAUUGUUCGAGAUGACUGAGGUUCCUAACUGGCAGAGCAACCUUAUUCAUCUAGCCGUGCGUUUCUCCCAAGCCACAUUAUUACCAUUUGAAUGCCGUAUCUUUGAAUCAUUUCAUGAAUCUUUCAGUGACAUUGAGCAUCUACUUGCUUUGUUAUAUAAAUUUGCCACUCCAUCUAUAAAGUCUGAAGAUGCUGAAGAAAAGUUGAUUUCAAUACCUAGUGCGACAGAGAUUCAAGAGGCUGGAGUCAAAUUGAAGAAGCUACAGAGUGGUAGCUUCUUUGACAUAAAGUUCGACAAUGGCGUACUAGAAAUUCCAUCUUUGAGAAUAGAAGAUCGAUCAGAAUCUGUCUUCCGAAAUCUGAUUGCAUAUGAGCAAUACACUCAAGACAAUCAUUUCAAUUACGUCACAGACUAUGUGACCUUAAUGGAUUAUCUCAUCAACUCUCCAAAGGAUGUUGAAUUACUUCGUCGACGAGGAAUUAUUGAAAAUUUUUUGGGUGAUGAUGAAGCUGUCUCAACCAUGUUUAACAAGCUUGUUGAGAAUGUCAUUCUAUCAAAUUUCUGUUAUAAUAAAAUUUUCACAGAUUUGAACAAGCAUUGCAGCAGACGUAAGAAUGUGUGGAUAGCAAACUUGAGGCACAAGUAUUUCAACAGUCCUUGGGCAUUGAUUUCAUUUCUUGCAGCUGCCUUUUUACUCCUGCUUGCUUUAGCACAGACCAUAUUUUCCAUUUUUUCUUACAUUUUUCCCAGAAACUAA